UAAUUUCACGUAGACGGAUAGCGCAAAAUAGUCGUGAGGUAUGAAUCCAGUUGAAAGUUUCACAUAUCCGGAUAUUCCAAAAGCAAUAAGUGAAAUUCUCCUUAAACAUGACAAACAGAUGAUCGUUGUUGGUGUGAUUGGAAAAUCUUCCACACCAAACUGCAAUAAGCUGACUGGAUUCAAUCUGCUUACCACACAUCCAGCUCUGACGGAUUCGAAAUGCAGCGAGGGACGGAUCAAAUUCUAUUUCGAAAACGACGGGGAAAUCCUGUAUCUGCACUUCGAGACAACCUUCGAUCAGUACGUUAUGGCCGAUUUGCUGACAAAAGCCGUCGAAACCGGCAUUCAGGAUAAUUUCGUGAAUUUUAACAGCAACAUGCGGACCAGAUUUGCACGGAUGCUACUGUUUGCUAUCCAGGUUUGCCACAUGAUCGUUUUGGUCGAGCCGACUUCCGUCUUCGAUACGAGUUAUCUGUCGAUCUUCAAAUCAUUAAAAAUCAUUCGGGAGAAGUAUGUGUUGAAAUUUCUGCCAAAACUGCUGAAAAGCUCAAAUGUAGGCAACUAUAUGGGUAAGGAAGCCCGGCUUUGCAGUCCGAGAUUCAUAUUCUUGUUCGAAGGAACAAGCGACAUCAAGCCGGAAGAUGUCGAAAAGCUGGAUGCCUUAGAAUGCGCCGUGGAAGAUGAUAUAUAUAAAAUGCUAAGGAAUGAAUUCAUUAUCACCAACAAUAGUGCGAUGUCGCUGUUCUCCAUUCCAAGAAACAAAAAGUUUGUGUUCUUUAGCAGCGACAUGAAGGCAAAAUCGGACCCAUUGCUGGAUUCAAUAGAUAUGCUGAUGGAGUAUCUGGACAAGCCUUCCGGGACACAACAUGAUAAGGAUGAUUUUGAUUUUAUGAACAGCUUGCGGCCUUGCGACGGAUAUGGGAUGUCGGCUUGGAGUGUCGGACAAAGUACGAAGAAAACCGGACAAGAACGGCACAUUUUGACUCUACUCAAGAAGCACGUUGCGGAAGCAUUCGAGCAUGGUUUCGAUGACAGUGUAUCGAAGUACAGGGGCAGAAGUCAUUUUGCGGUCCCAGGCGUCAAAUCUUGGUUUGAAGGUUUCAAAUUUCUGCAUAAAAUAUUCAUUGAAAACCCUGAUAAUCCUAAUUACGAGCCAGGAGAUGUGGAUUACAAAGCAUAUUUGGAAAACUUUCACAAGAUCAUCGACAUCGACGAACGCUUCUUCGCCGAAGUUUGCGAGCACGGCAUGGAGCUAGCCAUGGUUAACUAUAAGGAAAUGUUACCCCACCAUUAUAGUGGCACAUUCCACGAGAAGAAACACAGACAAGCCCGCGAACUGUUUCUGCGAUAUGCCCGAGGACCAGAGGUGGAAAAACACGAAACCAAACUGAAGGAUUACUGUGACUCGAUUUGGUUGAACGGAAAGCAGCAAUGUGAAUACCCAAGCCUGCGGGGAAAUCCCUGCGCACUGGGAAAGCACAAAGCUAACGAUCCCAUGGAACAUUCCAGUGGAGUGGUUUUCAUAUCCGCUUGUAACUGUGGACGAACGCAGGGCCACCGCGAAGAUCCGUACACCAUUAGGCAGGCCAAUUAUGAAUUCUAUCAACUCAUUGCCAAAAGUUGCAGCAAUUGCACGCUUCUGGAGAGGGUGAAAUUUCCAGUGUUCGAACCAUCCAGUAGUGACUUCCGUGCAGCGGAAUUUAUUAACAAGAAUUUGUCGAAUCUGAUGUCUUUUGAAAACUCCAGUAAGACUCCCGAUACCACCAGUCAUCCCCCGAUGACAAAUGAACAUUCUCCACAUCUUUCCGGAAGCCAAAAAAGUCAGGACAGUGCUUCAAAUUUGACCUUCAGCAUCGACGAUAAAGAGGAAAAUGAAACCAACGCAAAUCAUUACGCAAGCCAAGCCGAUGAAGAGGAAGCUUUGGAGCAAGAAUCGAUUAAUGAAAUUGUCAUCAAAGUUGGAGAACAUGCUGACCAAUCGGAACAAGAGAAAGCCAUUCUUAGACAACCCUCCACGACGGAAUACCUUCCUGGAAUGCUUCAUGCAGCUAGUCCAGCUGGAUUGCUUCCCCAGUUCCCAUCGUGGUCCUUGGUUUGUCUAGGGCCCAGUUCGAUCUAUACCCACAAUAGCGGUCUUCCAGAGCACGUUCAGAGUGGAUUUCUAUCGGGAUCUAACUUUCUACUACCGUGGGAUGUCAGUGUACGCCUCGAGCACGCACAGUCAUGGGCAGCUUCGUAUGAAAAAAUUCGCAACCGGAAGAAAAACACCUCCCAAUCGAAAUCUAGUGAAUCCAGCAAUAACUUCACGCUGAAAAUCUUCAUCGGCAUUGAAUACGAGUGUCUUCGGGGACAUCGAUUCAUCAUGAGUGGACCGGAGACGGUCCUUCGGGGUGGUUCCGGUAUCGUGCGGGACAGUGGAAGCAAGGUCGUCUUCAACGAUAUGCCCAUCUACUUCCCAUGUCUGUGUCGCAGUUCGAACGUUGCUCAACUAAUGCGGGUUCAUAUUGUAACACCAAAAGCCCCGGUGAAUGUGAUUUUGGAACCGAAGAUUAAAAUUUUCCAGAAUAAUAUGCAGAGCAAUUUGACAUUUACCACUGGAUUGCCGGAACCUAUCAAACUGACGAAGAGUGCUUAUUGGAUUUUGCGUCUACCGUUCGUCUACGAGGGUGACGGUGGGCCGUUGGUACCACCUGUAGAGGUGAACCCAAGCAAUGCCGCCAUGCACGGAGUGCUGCUGGCCGGGAUGUACGGAAUCAAGGAGAGUGAGAUUAGUGAGGAAUUAGUUUAAGUGCGGAUGGUGAUACGAAAUUACAAUGAAAUAAAAACGUUCUUUAAAAUACUUUCUAGCAGAGCGUAGUUUCGAUCUACGGACCUCUGGGUUAUGGGCCCAGCACGCUUCCACUGCGCCACUCUGCUAU